GUACGUAGACAAGAGAGAGAGACAGAGACAGUCUGACACGAAACACCUCAGAGACUCAAAGUGUCCUCGGACUGAGACAACACGUCAGUUAAACCUCGUUUAAAGAGACAAGAAGGCAAGAAGACAAGAUGGUGGCCAAGCAGAGGAUCCGGAUGGCGAACGAGAAGCACAGCAAGAACAUCACUCAACGCGGGAACGUCGCCAAGUCAACGAGAAACGUGUUGGAGGAUAAAGGUGUCGGUCCCUGGCUGCUCGCACUCUUCAUCUUCGUCGUCUGUGGAUCAGCCAUCUUUCAGAUCAUCCAGAGCAUCAGGAUGGGGAUGUAGUGAUGUCACCAGCAGGGGGCGACGCCGUCCCCCCAACAACUCAACC